AUGAUGUUCAACAGUUCCAAGAUGCCUUCUGUCUACUCCUUCAGUUAUGGGUCCAGUAACGCUUCCUGGUCGCGAGUCGGUCUGAUUGUCGGACUUACGGACUCGGUGGAGGUGCGGCAAGGGAAGAAAAUAGCCCGCGAGAAGCGACAGAAGAUGGAAAAACAUUGUAAGUCGAUUAUCGUUUCCCGGAUCCACGACGAUCAGCUCGAGCACCUGCAAGGGAAAGCUACACCCAAGCAGAUGUGGGACGGGCUGGUGAAGAUUUUCGAGCGGAAGAGCGUAGCGAAACGAAUGCACCUGAACCGCCAGCUGCAUGAGCUGAAAUACACUUCCGGGCUGCUGCAGGAGCACUUCGUCAAAUUCGAUCGGAUGAUACGGAUCAUAUUCCGAAGGAGAACCGAAGAAAACUCGAAGGGAUGA